AUGUCUUGGAAUGUCAAGGAUUGUUCCGAGCGUUUUGAAACCUUAGCGCGUCGUAUUUUUCGGGAGAGACGCCCUCCUCUACUCCUCCGUCAAAUUGCUGGCUCUCAGUCACUUCUCGGACAGGUGGCUAGAUGGUUCCAGUGGCUGAUUCACGAUAGCUGCUAUGACUCGCGGAUCUUCGAUUUAGCUCUAAAAAGCGCAUUUGGAGAGUAUCGCCGCAUCUUUGGCGCUACUAGGGGAGAUCCUCCGGGGCCACGACGCUCGGGCCCUAGAGUUGGAGUCGUAACAACGAGUAUCUCUAGGGACACCAAUACCUUUGUGGUCGGAAAUUUUAAUGCAUCACAGGAUGCUGGGGGCGAACCUGAUUACCAAAUAAUACGUCCUGUGGAUUUACGAAACGAGCCAACCGUUUGGAGAGCGGCCACGGCGGCAGCACCCUUCUUUUUUACACCGGUCGAUCUACAGGGAAUCGGUUCUUUUCAAGAUGGCGGAUUAAAACACAACUUCGCGGGGGAAAUUGCGACGCAGAUCUCACACCAGAUAUGGCCUAGGGCAAUGGGCUCCACGCGAAUGGUGUCCCUGGGCACCGGGAAGGCUGAGUCAAGUGACCACACUCCCCAUUUCCGCCAUAUCUUCCGUGACAGCUUUUUGCGUCGGGGAUUCGAUGCGUGGAUGUCCACAAUGGAUACAGAUAGUGAUUGGAGAAAAUGGAGAACUCGUCUACCUGAUUUUGUUAGAGCAGAUUCCCAUCGCCUUGAUGUGUCGCUCGGAAAUUCGCCAAACGCUAUUGAUGCCGUCGAGACCAUGGAGGAAUAUCGUAAUCUGGUCAUUCUUCAAGUCGGAAGCGCACGGAUGGCCCGGGAAGCUGCCACCUCGCUACUCGUGUCUCGGUUUUUUUUCAUCGUGGAUUCCUUACCAGAGAAUACUACGAUGCCAUUUUGGUGCUAUGGGUCGGUGCGUUGCAAGGGGCCAGCCCAGAAGGUAGUCAAGGCAUUGGAGCUUCUUUACCCGCAAGGAUUAUCUUAUGUCUCGGAUUGCGGCUUGAUUGACGAUAUUGGGGGAGUAGAAAGCCUCUGUGGAUUAUGCGGACGAUAUAGUCGUUCAAUAUCUUUCCUUACUCGUCAUUCCGAUUACAUUGUGAAUAUCUAUAUACAGGCACCGUCCAAGAUGCGUUGGCGUAUAGGGGGAUUUCCGGACACAGUUGCCAACUUUGCCUCAAAGCAAGGUCUCGAUUCGCCAUUUGGCCAAGAAAAUCAUGAUUUCCCUUGCCGACAGCCAUGUCAUAAUUGUGACGCCACUGGAAGUCCCUCAAAGGGCAAAAGGCGCAGGAGCGAAUCAGGAAGCUUAGCUGAUGUUCGCUCUAAGAAACGCGCCUUGGUCGAUUGA